CGUAACAUACAUCAUUGUGUGUGUGUGGGUGUCACCGUUUGUGGUCAAAUUCAUUCGAACAUCUUUUUUUUCGAACGAAUUUUGAGUUCGAAAUUUUCAUUUUUUUUAAAGAAGAAACAUUCCAAUUCCAUUUGAAUGUGAUCAACAAACAAACAAACGAAAAAUUUUUUAGUUUUUAACAAAUUUUUUUUUAUUUAUAUUUGAUUGAAUAAUGGGAAAAUUUUUAUCAAAAAUUUUCGGCUCAAAAGAGAUACGAAUAUUAAUGUUAGGUUUGGAUGCAUCGGGUAAAACAACUAUAUUAUAUAAAUUAAAAUCUGGUCAAACUGUAACAACAAUACCUACAGUUGGUUUUAAUGUUGAAACGGUUACAUAUAAAAAUGUUCGUUUUAGUGUUUGGGAUGUUGGUGGCCAAGAUAAAAUACGACCAUUAUGGAGACAUUAUUAUACCGGUACACAAGGAUUAAUAUUUGUUGUUGAUUCAACCGAUAGAGAUCGUAUUGAUGAAGCAAGACAUGAAUUACAUAAAAUUGUUAAUGAUCGUGAAAUGCGUGAUGUUAUUAUAUUGGUUUUUGCCAAUAAACAAGAUAUUAAAGAUGCUAUGAAACCGGCUGAAAUACAGGAUAAACUUGGAUUAACAAUGACAAAACAAAGAAAUUGGUUUGUACAGCCAGCAUGUGCAUUAACCGGUGAUGGUUUACAUGAUGGUCUUACGUGGCUUAUGUCUAAUCAUAAAUAGAAAAUCGAAGA